AUGACUCUCCUCAAUGGACAUGACUCCGGUCCAUCCACCGAGAAAUCCUCUCAUCGCGUCAGGAACCUGCCUGGCUAUACUACGCCUAUAUUCAAUGGCAAAGAUGAACAACGCGCUAAGGUGAAAGUCGAUGUUACUGCUAAGGGUUUCAUUCCUCGUGAGCUGGUCGAGAACGAGGUUGACUGGUUCUACUCCCAACUCGGCAUCGAUGAUACCUACUUUCAAAAUGAAUCGCCCUCUGUGAUCUCUGAUCACAUCAUCGCGCUCUUUGGUGCCAAGAUUCUUGCAUUCACGAAGCACGAUUUCAGCAAGCUCGUCAUCGACCUCGAGAAGAUCGACGAGAAAGGAAAUGGAGCAACUUUCAUUCACACCAGUUUGCCGGGCCUGACUUCUACGGAGGGCCCUGGUGCUAAUUGCGAAUCAAGAAUUGACUCUCUCUAUCUCGACAAAUCAAACCCGUCAGAAUGUUAUCGCCUUGAAACUUACCGUUCAGUCGGAUCUAUAUCGGCAACAGCAGCUAAACAGUUGCGCUGUUACUUCAUUACCAAGUGCAACUUUCCUUCCCCACCCCCACCCCCGACUCGAGCGGAUGGACGUACCGAUAUCCGCACUGUCUCCGACACUGCUUUCCUUGAGAGAGCAAGCCAGCAUACUCUUCGGGUGUACCAGAAGAUCAUGUGGCAAGCCGAGAGUCGCUAUGGUCCUGUAAUGGAAGUAUAUGAAGUUGAAGGCACUCGCGAGAGGCGUCUUGUCAUUGGAUACAAGAUGGGCGGCACUUCCCGGUUCUUCAGCGCUCUUUCGCACCUCUAUCACUUUUACCAGCUGUACUCGGCCCGGAAGUAUGUAGAGCAGUUCUCCAAUGGGAUCACGAUAAUCUCUCUGUACCUGAAUCCGAUGCCUAACUCAAUCGGCGCGCCAAUCGAGCACUCCAUAUUCCAGGUGAUGAAAGAAGCAUCUCUUCUGUACUGCCUCCCCGAUAACCCCUUUUUUCGUGAUUCCGUCAACUCUGGACAUGCUGUGCAAGAGGCGACCUAUGCCUAUUGUGGCUGGGUUUUUGCUCAGCACUUCUGCAACCGCCUGGGUCCCGCAUACCACCACCUCAGGAAUAUCUUGGACGAAUCAAACCCCUCGCAUGCUGAAGUUCUCAAUGAUAUUAAGAGACGCUUUAGAGAGGAAACUUUCACCCGCGACAGCAUCGCUCAAGUUAUCCACACACAUUCGGAAAUUAUCCGCCUCCUGUACGUCAACUUCGCCAUGGUACACUAUCCAACUACGGACCAGACAUCACAGCUGCGUCCUACACUCUCCUACCAGCGUCUUCACACGACGCAGCCCCUGUCCGACUCUGAGUUGCAUGAUAAAAUCAGACGUGCAGUCCCGAACAAGCAAGAUCUACAAGUUCUCGAGAGCUUCCUUAUUUUCAACAAGCACGUCCUGAAGACAAAUUUCUAUCAACCAACCAAGGUCGCACUAUCAUUCCGUCUCGCCCCCAAUUUUUUACCCCAGGGUGAAUAUCCAACACCGCUUUUUGGGAUGUUUCUCGUCAUCGGAAACGAAUUCCGUGGCUUUCAUAUUCGCUUCAGAGAUGUUGCCCGUGGCGGUAUUCGUAUAGUCAUGUCGAGAAACGAGGACGACUACAUGAUCAACAAGAGGAUGCUGUUCGAUGAGAACUACGGAUUAGCUGCCACCCAAUCUUUGAAGAACAAGGACAUUCCCGAAGGAGGCGCCAAGGGUACUAUUUUGCCUUCUCUUGGAGCACCGUCUAGACGCUGCUUCGAGAAAUAUAUUGAUGCUAUCAUCGAUCUCCUUAUCCCUAGUCAUAGCUCAGGAAAUCAGGAACGCCAUGUUGACUUGUAUGGGAAAGAAGAAUUAUUGUUUUUCGGGCCUGAUGAGGGUACAGCGGACAUGAUGGAUUGGGCAGCAUUGCACGCUCGCGAUCGUGGUGCCGAGACAUGGUGGAAGACGUUCACCACUGGCAAGAGUGCUGAGCUCCUGGGCGGUGUUCCCCAUGAUACUUACGCAAUGACGUCGUUGUCUAUUCGUCAAUAUGUUCUCGGCAUUUAUAAGCAGCUUGCACUGAGGGAGGCGGACAUCACAAAAGUGCAGACUGGUGGUCCUGACGGAGAUCUUGGUUCAAAUGAGAUACUCUUGAGUUCGGACAAAACUAUUGCUAUUAUUGAUGGCAGUGGCGUUCUUGCCGACCCUGCGGGUAUCAACCGCAAGGAGCUCAUCCGCCUCGCAAAACUACGGCUACCCGUGUCUCACUUCGAUAAGACCAAAUUGGGCAAGAACGGAUACCUCGUCAAGAUCGAGGAACAAGAUGUCAAGCUACCAUCCGGAGAAGUCAUUCUCGACGGUAACGAUUUCAGGAACGGUGCUCACUUCCGUUUCAAGGCAGAUCUUUUUGUGCCUUGCGGUGGACGUCCCGAAGCUGUGAACAUUUCUAAUGUUGCUGCUUUGACGGAUACAGAAGGCAAACCCCAUUUCAAGUACAUCGUCGAGGGUGCAAAUUUGUUUUUCACUCAGCAGGCGCGGUCGCACUUGGAGAAACGAAGGGUCAUCAUGUUUAAGGACUCCAGUGCGAACAAGGGUGAAUUACCUUACUGUCACUUGUUUGAUGAUGAUGUUGACCCUACUUCAGGCGGUGUGACUAGUUCCUCGCUCGAAGUGCUCGCAGGUCUCGCCCUCACGACCCAGGAAUACCUUGACCUCAUGAUCUUCAAGGACGGCAAGCCGUCGGACUUUUACCGAAACUACGUUAAAGACAUUCAAGCCAAGAUUGUUGAGAAUGCUGCCGCAGAGUUCCACUGCAUUUGGCAAGAGCACGCCCGCCUCCAAGGUGCCAAGCCUCGGACGCAGAUUUCGGACGAGCUCUCCAUCAUGCUCAACGAAUUGCACACCAAGCUCGAGCAUUCUGACCUCUUCAAAGAUAUUCCGAGCCGCAAAGGUGUAAUGAGACGCGCUAUACCCACCACCCUGGUGGAGCAGGUUGGUCUCGAUGUCCUACUGGAGAGGCUCCCCGAGCCAUACCAGCGCGCUCUGUUCUCGAGCUGGGUUUCUUCGCAUUUUAUCUAUAGAUACGGCAUUAACAGUUCCACUAUAGAUUUUUUUCAUUUCGCUCGGGAUCUCUCACGAGAAUGACUAGUUUGGGGGGCGGGCUGGUGUUAAUAUUGGUACAACUACUUACGUGGUAGUAUCUUCAUAGUAGAGAAUGAAUGGAGCAAGCUCUGAAGCACCGCUGCUGAAAGGAAAGACUCGACAAGUAGCUAAAAUUUAAAAGCCACGCACCGGGGAAUAUUGAGAAUUUUUGCUUUGCACACACGAUCAUAUCAUCAGUGUGAUUGGAUGUGUGCAGUUUGAAUUCUCGCAAUCGCAAGAAUCAGACUUCAAGCUUCAACGUUCAACUCUGCUUACAAAGGCAAUUCUUCGAGACUGAGUGAAGAAAAGCACCUUCGGC